CCGAAACCACAUAACUCAUCAUAAGCACACACAGAACAGAGAGGUUUUGGUUGUUUCUUCAUUGAAGCAUCACAAUAUUGGCUUCAUAUACCCAUGGCCAAUCAACCCCAACCAUCGAAGCACCCUUCUUGGUUCACCCCCAAGAGACUACUCGUCAUAUUCUGUGUGAUCAACUUGAUAAACUAUGUCGACCGAGGAGCCAUAGCAAGCAACGGCGUCAAUGGAAACCUCGAAACUUGCAACAAUGGUAAAUGCACACCUGCUUCAGGCAUACAAGGCGAUUUCAAGUUGAGCAACUUUAAAGAUGGGUGGUUAUCAUCAGCGUUCAUGGUUGGACUUCUCGUAUCUUCUCCAAUAUUUGCAUCACUAGCAAAGAGUGUGAAUCCGUUUCGGCUCAUCGGAGUUGGAUUGUCUGUCUGGACUUUGGCCGUAACUGGCUGUGGUUUCUCAUUCAACUUCUGGUCCAUCAUCAUCUGCCGCAUGCUUGUUGGUGUAGGUGAGGCUUCAUUCAUUAGCCUCGCCGCGCCGUUCAUCGAUGACAAUGCUCCACCUCCUCAGAAAACUGCAUGGCUUUCGAUAUUCUACAUGUGCAUACCAUCUGGAUAUGCACUUGGUUAUGUUUAUGGUGGAUUGGUGGGAACUAGACUAAGUUGGCGGGCUGCGUUUUGGGGGGAGGCAAUUCUGAUGCUUCCCUUUGUGAUUCUCGGGUUUGUUGUCAAGCCUUUGCAGAUGAGAGGCUUUAAGCAUAAGGAGGACUCAGAAGUUGAUGUCUCUCAAGUUCAAGAUUCAGGUGCUUCCGAGACAAGAGUUGUUGCAACGAGAAUAAAGAAGCAUCUUUCGAGGUUUUUGAAAGAUAUGAAGGAGCUUUUGUUCGACAAGGUGUACAUUGUCAAUGUUCUUGGUUAUGUAGCUUACACCUUUGUGAUUGGUUCUUACUCAUAUUGGGGGCCUAAGGCUGGUUACAAUAUAUAUCAUAUGAAAAAUGCAGAUAUGAUGUUUGGAGGUGUUACGAUUGUGUGCGGAGUACUUGGGACAGUGGCAGGAGGCUUUGCUCUGGAUUAUAUGACCAACACUAUCAACAAUGCUUUUAAGCUUCUUGCAACCACAACGUUUAUUGGGGCAAUCUUAUGCUUUGGUGCCUUUUGCUUGAAGAGCACGUAUGGUUUCCUAGCUCUUUUCGCAGUUGGACAAUUACUAGUCUUUGCAAUUCAGGGUCCUGUAAAUUUUGUUUGUCUGCAUUGUGUUAAGCCUAGUUUAAGGCCACUAUCUAUGGCCAUUUCUACUGUUGCAAUACACAUCUUUGGAGAUGUGCCUUCCUCGCCUCUCGUUGGUGUACUCCAGGAUCACAUCAAGAAUUGGAGGUCAACUGCUCUUAUUCUAACAUCUAUUUUCAUUCCGGCAGCUGUGAUAUGGUUUAUCGGAAUCUUUCUGCACAGCGAAGAUAGGUACAACGACGAAAGUGAGAACCAGAAAUCCACAACUGAGAUUGAAGAGAACAAGGCACAAUCUAUUGAACCAGAUGCGGAACCUGCCACAUAUUCAACUCUUGUUUAGUGUAAUUCCAAUUUUCUUUACCUAUUCCAUGGACUUUUUUUC